AUGGCACUAAUCGAUAGAGUGUUGUCGAUUAUCUCGAUUCCUGACAAAAAUACAAACGAUUCGACUGGAAACUCGACGGAUUUAUACGAAGAAUGGGCGCGGGGUGAUGGACAAUUGCUGCUCCCCCUCAUGCUCAUCAUGAUCUUCUUGUUCUGUUCGAUAUGCGCUCUAAUCCAAAUAUCGAUUUUUGUGAUUUUCCUGUGUAUUCGUCAACUAAUCGGCGAUAACGACGUCGUGGAGGAGGCGUUCUCGGAGAGGAUCCAGAGUUCGCGGCGAGACCCAUCGGAGAGAAGUGAGAAAUUGGCCGCCAGGCGUUACGUCUUUCAGAUGGGAACAGACGCAGAGUCAAGUACACCGCUGGGAGGUGAUGGGACACCGAGGAGCCGGAAGUCGCAACUCUCGUCCCCUGCUACUGGAACUCAAUCUGUAUAG